AUGUCUUCCCCAUUUCCCCUUCUCCGUCUUCCUCAAUUGGUCCUGUGUGAGGUAUUCAAAUCGUUGAGUAUCGGAGAGAAAAUCAAGCUCUCCAUCUGCUCGAAGAAAGUCUCCAUUCAAAUCAAUAAUGAUCGUUUGUACUCUCAAAAAGUUAUAGUCAAUCUGGACUGCUUAAACUGCAAAAUCAGAGUUUGCUCUGAAAAUGAUAAAGAUACAUUUCAAGUCUCAAUUCAUCCAGAUUUCGAGAUCAGUCACAAUUCAAUUAUUCAACAAGUUUCUAUCGCAUGGUGUACUGGAAGAAUUACAUCUGACCGAGAAGAAAUCAAAACAUUCUGGAAGAAUAAUCGAAAGGAAGGAUUUCUAUCCAUUAUUCAACAUCUAUUGAAAAUGUUUCAAUGCAAGAUUUCAACUGAUCUUACUUUCUAUAAUAGGGAUUUAUAUGAACCAACUAUUUCUGAGUUGUUUGAUCUACAAGUGGAAUUCAAGGAGCUCACUUUCAUACUGUUAAAGAACCAAAACUUGUUGUGGAAUCAGAUAUCCAGUAAUUUUGAACUGGUUGAGAAUCUCAGAAUCACAUCCUUUAAUAAUACUGAUUUCAGACUAUUUUUUACUUCAUGGCCACAGAGUAUUUAUAUCAUAGGUUCCGCUUGGUUCACUAUGGAAAAUCUUUUGGCGUGCGCUUCCACUACAAUCGCACUUUACCUUUCUCAUCUGGAAAACAAAGAUUUGGAUGAGACACUCAGAAAAUGGAGAGGUGGAGGGUUACCGAAUAUAAAAAGUCUGACGAUUACCAGCCUAAACUUCAUAGAUAAUGGAGAACAUAUUUUGGGAAUGGAUUGGAGGGAUUUAGACGGAAUGGUUAUCAAAACUGAUGAUGGAUCAAAAAAGGCAACUAUUGAACUUAACCCCCAUUGUAUAAAAAUGUCAGUGACUCCAUUUGAAAUGUAA